ACAAAUUGCAUCAUGAUGGCAACGUAGUGGUAUCGAUCACAAUGCCCUGCCCAGUUCUCUUUUAUUCUUACCGUCGUUAUACGAAAUUUUGCGGCAUUCAUAGGGUGAUAAAUGAUACGUCGUACUACGAACGAACGAUCAACGAUGUAAAACACAAGAUACAUCUGGGCAUAAUUCUAUAUUCGCUCCACUAUAGGCGUAAAUAAAUUAUCACGCGUGUAUGAAUGAUGGAAUAACAGUAUAUAUAUUCCAGACGAAUUAUCCAACUGCGAAUAUUACGAUUGGAAUUACGAAGAACUAGCAAAUAUAGGCUAUGAUGCAGCUUUGCAGAAAGUGAACACCGAUCAAAAGCCUAAAACCAUCCCUUGCAAAGAAUUUUCUUAUGAAAUAGAAUAUGAGAAAUCAUCUUUCGUACCAGAGUGGGAUAUCGUAUGCGAUCGUCUAGUAAUGAAAGCUACAGUUCAAACUGCAGUUUCCGUUGGCAAAUUCGUCGGCGCCUUCGUUUUUGGAGUGCUAGCUGAUAAAUAUGGUAGGAAAAUAACCUACCUCGCUUCUUGUUUGAUUUACAUAAUUAGUGGACCAAUUAUUGCCGUUACACAUAAAUAUAUCAUCAUGCUGAUCUGCAGAGUUGGUCUCGGAGUAGCUGGAAUCGGUAUCUAUCAAGCAGCUUAUUCGAUACUUAUAGAAAUAUGUCCACCGCAUCUGCGCUCCACUUUAGGAGUGAUGUUCAAUCAAAGUUAUGCAUUGGGAAUGAUACUAAUAGCAAUAAUUGCAUACUUUAUAAGAGAAUGGAGAAUAUUACAAAUUUAUAUUUCCCUGCCAGCAUUCAUUCUGAUUCUGCAUAUGUUAGCUAUACCGGAGAGUCCUAGAUGGCUUUAUUAUUCAAAACAUAAGGCGCGUGCUUGGAGGAUGGUAGAAAAUUUUGUAACACCCGAGCAACAACAACUGAUUGCUGAACGAAGAAUGAGUGUCACGAUACAGAAAGGAAAAAAAUUAACCCGUAUUCAAGAAUUAAAGAAAAGUCUAGGAUACUUAAAAAACAAAGAGAUGAGUCUUAGAUUAAUUCUCAAUUGGACCAUUUGGUUUUCUACAUCUAUGAGUUAUUACGCAUUAUUAAUUACCGCUAGUCUUUUAAAGAUAGACACCUAUCUUUACACCGGACUUUCUGGUGUAGCCGAAGGGCUCAGUUACAUCAUAGUCAUACCUCUAUUAAAUAUAAUUGGUAGGCGAGGUACAUCAUUCUCUUUACUUCUAUGUGCAUCCGGAGCAUUUGCAAUUCUUCUCAUUGUACCAAGUCACUUGAAAAUGAUUACAAUGUUCACGGCUCUUUUUGGUAAGCUCUGCGUUAGUAGCGUGUACGUUGCUGUGAUAAUACACUGUAGUGAACUUUUUCCAACUGUUAUGAGAAACAUAGCAAUAGGUACCAGUUCUACAUGGGCACACAUCGGCAGUACACUUGCACCGUACCUUGUGGAUUAUUUUGUAAGUUAAUAGAAAAGAUUUUUUUCAAAAUAUAAUGGAUUUUUAAAACUUGAGAAAUAAAACAGAUAAACGCGCUGUUAAGUUUUUAUUAACACAAUUAAAUAUCUACAUCGUUUGUAUUUUACGGCUGUUUUAUUUUAUUUCUUUUUUUUUUUUUUUUUAAGUAUUAAUACUAAAGUGUAUACUACUACCUAUUGAAUUUUAUUACAGCAAAAGUAUUAUUAAUAUAUUAAAAAAUAUUUUUCCCUGCAAAGCUUUUUUUUAACUUCAUUAAUAUGAUUUAGAAUAGAUACAAAUAUAAAAUAGUUAGGAGGUACUUUGGUUUCAAGUAUAUGACUAUAAAUAAUUUGGCUGAUGAAAUAUUUCGCGUAACGUUGCUUAUCGUGGCAGUUGAUAAAUUAAAUUUUGUAUGCAUACAUGCAAAACAGGUUCACAUUCAUGAUUACUAUGUACGUACACACACGUACAUACAAAUGUAUUUAUUAUUAUAUAUACAUACUUAGCUUAUUUGCUCUUCGUAAUCAGUUAAAAUAUCGAAAAUUCGUUAAAUAAAUUUCCAUAAUUUAUUUUUCAACCUAAUUAUAAGUUCUAGUAAUUGAUACCAGUACUACGAUUUCCAAAUACCAUUUCGUGCAGAAUAGUAAAUGGGACGUAAAAUUGUACAAUCCCUGAAAAAGCAUAUUUGGACUUUCCAAAAUUCAUUGAUAAUCUUUAUUGCAUUGUGCUAUUAUAUAUACCAAUUGCUUUAGUUAAUCUACCUAAAAAUGUUAUAUAUUAUAAACGCUGAAAUAUAUUUUGACGUAAAAUUAUAAUCUACUUAAUCGUGCAAUUGCACAACAUAUGAUAUAAAUUUUUUUAAAAAGGAAUAUAUAUCUCUACUUUAUAGUGCAAAUGCUUUUUUAUGAUUAUUGUAUUUCUUUCUAAGUAAAUAUUUUUAUCGUAAGAUACAAUACCAUAUAUAAUACACUAAAAUCCAAAAGAUUUGGACGUUCGAAAUAAAGAUGUUAAAUAUAAUUUUAUUACAAUUAUAGGUUAUUUAUGGAUGGUGGGUGCCAAAUUCAAUUUGUGGCUUUACAGCGCUUUUAAGUGCCUUACUAACACAGGUAUUACCAGAAACUAAGGACUUAACUUUAUAUAAUACGAUGGAUGAGUUUAUUUCAAGAUGUAAAGCCAAUCCCGAUGAACAAUUAUCUUUGAAACAUAAUAUAGUAUUCACAAUACUAAAGAAAUUGAAAAUUAUCAAAAAACCUACACCUAAAACAACCUCUCAAGAACAAUGAAAAGCAAUUCCACCAUACAUUUGUCCAUCUCAUAGAGAAUAUAUGUACAUUUUAAAAUGUAUGAAAAUAUGCACUAUAAUGUUUUACAAUUCAUGAGGAAAAAUC